GCCAAAAGACCUGGGACUAUCCAUUCGUUUUUCAUCUUCUCCAAUCCUACUUGGAGUCCUUCCCUCGUUGUCCCCUACGUGUUUGGCCCUAUCCCUGCACCAUAGUUGUGUGCCUGUUCUCUCCCGUUUAGUUUGAUUUGGACAUUAUCCACCCCUAUUCAGUCUGUGAAGUUUGUUUGGAAUCAACACUAUGCACAUCCAGUUGAUCCACCACGCGUUGGCCCUCUACACCCGGUCCAACAAUGAUAAUGACGACAAUUGUUCUGGCAAGAACAAACACUCGGCCCAAUGCCAAAAACCCGAAAAUGAUAAUGGUUUAACAGUGGGUUUGGCAGUUGGUUUACCUGUCGCCGCAGUUCUUCUAAUGGUGAGCUAUUUCAUCAUUAGAAACUAUAGAAAGAACAAAAAGGAAAGCAUGGAACAUGACCCAGACUUUGACGAAAAUGGUGAAGCCACCGUGUUGCCCGAUUUCCCUAUUGGUGCUUAUGGAAGACCAGUGGAGAUGGAAGAUCCAUUUGACAAUAGAAACAGUGCCCGUUUCCCUCCACCGGCCCCCAAAGGUGCCAACUUCCAUGGUGGCCGUUCAUCGUCAGCUCUGUUUUCCGGAAGUACAAAAGGUGAUGCCUACGUGCAAAGCUUUGUGUUGCCGUACCAACACCAAAUUGGCAGCAAGGUCUCACUUGAUGAGUAUGCCAAGCAGUUGGGUGAAUAUGGCCUGGUGUACGCGGCAUCUCCUAGAGGCUCGGCCUACCUUGUCCCCGGGGGUCACACCCGUGCUGGAAGCUCAAAUCUUUCUAAUUUCCCUGUGGUUCAGGCGAACGGUAGUGGUAAUAAGAGUACUACCGUGUCUCCUCAGAAAUCCAGUUUGAAACACGAAACCAAACCUUCUGUGCCCGAGGCGGCCAAAUCUGAUUUGCAAUAUGGAUCUAUUGCCCCAGAGGAUGGUAUUGAAGAGGUGAGUGACGACUCGGACUCUUCCAUUAGAGGUGCUGGUUCUCCCCAAUUUGCAAUUAACUACGAAAACGAGUCUGACCCUCACAUCAACAACACUUUGAACCAGAAACUCCCACUGCCGGUAGUCCGUGUGGAUGCUACCCAUGACACUAGUAAUGACUCGUUCAAUACCACUACUGACCAAUUCAUUCCAAAGGAGGUUCCAACUAUAAAUGAUACCCACCCUGAAAGGAUAGAAAACAACCAUUCUCCGUUCUCAGAUAACGCUCAAGUUGACACUCCUCCAUCUGUGGAGCCUACAGUUACUGAAGUUGAGGACGAACAAAUCGAUGGGGAUUUCGACUUUUCCAAUGAAAGUGCUGAUGCUAGUGCCAUUAAUACCGUUGGAGUUGGUGAACAAUUGACAGCCAAUACCUCAGCGUCCAAUUUGGAUGUUCCUGGAGAUGCAGAAGGUCAGAAAUUGGCUGACAGUGAGAGAGUAGAUAGCGGAUCCAGAAAAUCUCCCAGAAUAUCUGCUUUCAACUUGUUAAAAAAUGUUAGUGACGAUGAAGAUGAUGGUCAAGAGGAGCAUGAUGAAGACAAGCCUCUUGAGAAUGACUUGUCUCCUGAUCAAGAAGAAGAGUUGAGAAGAAUGAAGUCUGUCUACAGAUUAUACUUUGAUAGAGCCAACUCUGUGAAAAGAAAAGAUUCGGUCAAGUCUGAGCAUCCCGAAUAUGAAGCCAACUAUGAGUUCCAGGCUGAUCCAGACCAGCCUUUACCUCAAGUCGAUAUGGAUCAGUAUUUGAAGAUCAAUACUAAAUUGAGAACUGACACUGACUAUAACAAGAGAUUAACCACCACGUCAUCAAUCUAUACCGAUAACGGUCCUGAAUUUGUUCAACGUGCUCCUCCUCAACAACAGUAUAACUACUACUUACAGGAUCAGAGCUUUCAACAAUUCUAUCAAGAGCAUGUUCAGAGCUUACCUCCAUUGCAAAGUUUGCCUAAUCCUUCUGAUAUCAGAAAAUCAACCAUUCAAACAUACACUGACUAUCAGCCUAAAUCUAAAAAUAAUCCGGUGACAUCUCCAACAAUGAAACAGCCUUUCAAUCCUAUUGAGAGCGAUAAUGUCUGGACUUCACCUGCUUCUUCUCCUGUGACCAACAAUCCUCCAACAUUUGAAACGGAUACCUACACCAAAUCGUUGGCCUCUGCACCUUCUGCUACUCAAUUAUCUAGAUCAUCUGUGGUGAUGUUGAAUCCAGUAACAGAAAUCACCAAACAGAGAAAAUUCAAACCUGCUGGAUCAUUACCUAGCGGACAUAGAAACAAUCAUGCGUACGCCAAUGCCGGAUAUGCCCAACAAGGUUACCCUCAACAAGGUUAUCCUCAACCAGGUUACCCCCAGCAACAGCCAAUGCAUCAACAACACUCGGGACAAUUCACCCAUGAGCAUAGCACCGAUAGCUUAAUACCUGGUGGAAAGAAGAGCGAUGUAAGAAAAAUGAUGAAUAGCAACUUCUAGUUCUACAUCUCUGAUUAUAGUUGACUUGUAAGCUAGUGUACAUUAUUAUGAAUCUAUUUAAAUGCCAGGAAUACCUUUAAGUUAAGUCGUAAUCAUCAAUCUUAUUCUUGUAUUUGAGUAAGUUUCUCUUAAUCUUGGACGUAUCAACCCAAGUGAGAUAAUCUUCCAAGUUUCUCGUCACCAAGAACGCUGGAUCUGUGAUGACAUUGGGGCCCACACGUACAUGGCCCUGUUCCACAAAAGUGAUGGCGUCUUUCAAAGUUUCUGCCAUUUUCAACCUGCACAUCACCACACCUAUCCGUCUUCUACAAAUGGCACUAACAGUGACCUUAUUCUCCAAAUCCGAUAUCUUUGACUUGGUGGCCAAAACUCCGAUAUUAUACAACUUCUCUAACAAGAGCUGUUCAUGCUUUAUUCUAAAACUGUCGGUUGGAGACAAUAGUGAUAACUUAUUUGCAAGCUUUCUGAUAUCCCCACAGAUUUUGUUAUAUUUAUGGUAGUCUUCUCGAUUUUGGAUGUGAUACAUUCUCAUAACUUGGGUGUCACGGUGCCCCUGGUCUUGUUUCCAGUCUAGGAAGUCGACCUUCUUCAAGAGCUUCUUCUCAUGAUACUUCAAAGCCCGAACCAUGUUUGCAAUGAGCUUCAAA